AUGAAAACAGUUGGAUACCAGAAAUUAUCCAUCGAUGGCGAUUCGGAAAGAAUCGGUUACGUUUCUUUUCUUUUAUUCCAAUGGAUGAAUAGCAUCUUCGAGAAAGGUAGCAAAGGAAGGAUAGAUGAGAGCGACUUUGAACCACUUUCAAGGGAAAACACCACCGAGGUUUUCACCAAUCGCCUCCAAACAUGCUGGGAUGAAGAAAAAGCUGCUACAAAAGGCAGUGAACAAAGACCACAACUUUGGAGAAGUGUCAUAAAAAUGAUCUAUUUGAAGGAUGCAGUGAUUACUGUGCUCCUUUACUUGGCAUCCUUACUUUGGCGCCUCUCUAGGCCUUUGUUUCUUGGUUACCUUGUUUCUUCAUUAAUGGAGACUGAGCCCCAUAAAAGUUUUCUUUUGUAUGGUUUUGUAACGGCUAUGGGGAUCUGUGCCUAUAUUGGGGCGACAGCUAUUCAUCACUAUGCCUAUCGAUGUGAUAUGUACGGUAUCGGAAUAGGCAGUGCUCUGAAAGGACUAAUUUACCAAAAGGUUCUAAUGCUCAACAAAACUGAGUUACUGAAAUUUACAACGGGCCGUGUGAUUGACCUCGUAUCCAACGAUGUUCAGCGACUCGAAGAUCACGCUGUGAUGAUGGGCUUUAGUGCUUUUUUGGAUUUCUUCCUACUCCUACCUAUUAUAGUGGUAUUACUUGUGUAUUUCAUCGGUUGGCAAGCUCUCAUGGGGGUCACAUGCCUUGUUUUGCUCAUACCAUAUUUCGCUGGGUUGUCCUACGUCUUUGCUGUACUGCGCCUGAGGACAACAGCGUUUUCAGACAGCCGCAUAUCUUUUUUGAACCAGGUUAUUUCUGGGAUUCGCGCCAUCAAAACACAUGCAUUGGAAGAUGAAUUUCGAGAAAAAAUUAAACACGUAAGAAGGGGUGAAAUUAAUAUCAUCCGUAAAAAGAGCGUUGUCCUUUCAACGAUUGCCGCCUUGGAGUACACUGCAGUGCCGCUGGCGAUGCUGGUGUCAAUCAUAACCUUGGUGCUUACCGGUCAGCCCCUUACACCGGUCAAUGUAUUCAUGCUUCUCUCUUUUAUAAAUGCAGCAAGAAUGAGUGUCUGCUUUUACAUACCUUAUGGUCUCUUAGCAGUAUAUGAGGCUUAUUUUUCACUCAAGAGAAUCGAGGAGUUUCUUCUUCUAGAAGAUUUACCCGGUUCGUGUCAUGAUCACUCGAUAGAAGGCACUUUAAACAUGAGCGGGAGCACAUUUUCUUUUGAUGAUAAAAAACAUCUCCCAGAGCCAGGUACCCUAGUAGUGUCAAUUUUGGCAUCAAAAGAAAAGAUAAGUGCUGACCAGUUCACUUUGCAAGAUAUAGAGUUUUCAACCGAGCCACAAACUUUAACAGUCAUCACAGGUCCAGUGGGUAGUGGAAAAUCUACUCUCCUCUCAGCUAUUGCGGGUGAGGUGCCAGUCUCAGAAGGAACAAUAUCCUGGUCAUCUUCCCUUGUUUAUGUGCCCCAGACACCCUGGGUCUUCUCUGGAACAAUAAGAGAAAACAUUUUAUUCGGUCAACCUUACAACCAAGACAAAUAUUCUACAAUCCUGGAAGCCUGUUCUCUUACAGAAGAUGUCAGAAGGUUUCCUAACGCUGACUUAGCAGUUGUAGGUGAACGAGGUGCCGUUCUGAGUGGAGGUCAGCGUGCAAGAGUAAGCUUAGCACGUGCAGUAUACAUGGAUGCAGACCUGUACCUGUUGGAUGACCCUCUGAGUGCCGUAGACAUAAAAGUGAGUCAACAUAUCUUUGAAAAGUGCAUUAAAGGUUUACUAAGUAACAAAACCCGAGUGUUGACGUCUCACCAGGAACAACACAUGAAACAAGCUGAUAAAAUUAUCGUGUUGUACAAAGGACGUGUGCUGGCAAAUGGAGGUUUUUCUGAGCUUCAGGAAAAAGGUUUAUUCAAUAUAAAUCCUUAUCCGAGUUCGAACAAACCCGUCAGGAACAGCGAGUCCGAGGUGAAAUCUGUUUUUGAAAAUGAAGAUGAAUCAAAAUUUAAAGAUAGAGCAGUGAUUCUACAUAAUCAAGUCAAUGACCUGGAUCAAUCAGAAGAAGACCGCACGAUCGGAAGCGUGACACUUAUGACUUAUUGGGACUACUUCAGAAGUGGAUUGCACUCGUCGGCGAUAUUUGGACUUUUCUGUUUGUUUUUCAUCACUCAAGUAAUGAUCGUUUCUCCUGACGUUUGGCUCUUAUUCUUAACAAAGAAGAGUCAAGAAGAACAGAAGUACACAAUGAACCUAGUUUUCUAUGGCUGUCUUGUGCUUGGAUCACUCGUUUCCUCUUCUAUCCGCGCAUAUACAUUUCUUUGGACCUCUUUAAGAUGUUCCGAACGCCUUCAUGAUAAAAUGGUUGUAGCUCUCCUAGAAGCACCUGUUUUGUUUUUUGACUCAAACCCUGUUGGAAGAAUUCUUAAUCGGUUCUCUAAAGACGUGGGGUGCUUGGACGAACUGUUGCCAAAAAAUUUUCUUCUAUCUAUUCAGUUGGUCUUGCUAGUGAUUGCCGCAACUCUUGUGCCAACUUUCACCAACUUUUGGGUUCUUUUUGUUGUUGUGCCACUGGCCGUUGUUGUUGCUUACAUCUCCAUGUACAGCCUAAAAACCUCUCGGCAGCUCAAAAGGUUAGAGUCAAUAAACCGUAGCCCUGUGUAUUCACACGUUUCGGAGACUCUCAAUGGGCUGGAGACUAUAAGAACAAGAAGGAGGCAACAAGACUUCGUGGAAGAGCUCUACAGAUAUCAAGAUAUUCAUAUCCAGUCGUUCACCAUGGUGCUGGCGAGUGUGAGAUGGCUUGGAGUACGAAUGACCUCUAUGAUCUCUUUUUUGAUUUUUGCGGUGGCUCUAACCGCAAUCCUUGUGUCUCAAGAUGCUGCUUUCGCCGGACUGGGGCUUGUUUACGUCAUCGAGACUGUUGAACUGAUGGAUUUUGCUGUUACAAGUAUAUCGGAAGUAGAAAAUCUCAUGACGUCUGCUGAACGAGUUAUAACAUACACCAAACUUGACCAUGAGCCCGGGUACCAAGUGAAGCAGCCUCCCCCGAACAAUUGGCCUCUUGAAGGGAAUAUCACUUUUGAAGACGUGUCGCUGACUUAUUAUCCUAGGGGGCCUCAAGUACUGAAGAACUUUAAUCUUCAUGUAGAAGGAGGAACAAGUAUUGCUGUUGUGGGACGAACGGGGGCCGGCAAGUCAUCUCUAGUGGCAGCUCUUCUGCGUAUGCCAGAUGCCCAAGGUGCCAUAAUGAUUGAUGACGUUCCAAUAAAGGAGAUCAACCUUCAAAAGGCUCGAAGAUGUAUAUCAGUUCUAAGCCAAAGUCCUUUCCUUUUCAGUGGAUCGUUGAGAGAAAAUCUUGGUCUCGUAGUGCAGUUCCAGGAUGUAGAGUUAUGGCGAGCCUUAGAGAUUGUUCAAAUGAAAGAGCUGGUGGAAAGUUUGGAAGGGAAAUUAGAUCACCAGUUGUUGGAGCAUGGUGCAAACUUCAGUGUAGGAGAACGGCAGUUAAUUUGUUUGGCUCGUGUUCUUUUGCAUAAAAGAAAAAUUGUCAUCCUAGAUGAACCCACUGCACACGUGGAUCCAGACACAGAACAAACAAUUUGGAGGAUAGUGCGAGAGAAACUGAAGGGCUCCACAGUAAUCACCAUAGCUCAUCGACUGAACACCAUCAAAGACUGUGACUUGAUUUUGGUCAUGAAAGAUGGCGAGAUAGAUGAGUCCAACAAGUUUGACUCCUACUUGAAUGCAUGA